CUCUCUCUCUCUCUCUCUCUCUCUCUCUCGGCGUCACGCUCCUGUCUUCCGUACCCAUCUCUGUACCCCAACUGUCGACGUCCCGGAAUGGAGUCAGAGGACCGGCCCUCGGAUCCCGAAACCUUGAGGAGCAGGUUCUGGGAUUUUGGGAGGACCAUGCAGGGUGUGCUGCUCUUCAUCGAGAUGCUGCUGUGCCUCGCGGUUGCCUCUUGCUGCCUGGCGGCCCGCAGCGCGGGAGCCGUGGCCGCCCCUCUCGUCGAGCUCUGCUUCUCCGGAAUGUUCUACUGGGUCUACGUGAGGCGCUACGACCGGGAGAACCCGUCCCUCGAGUGGAGGAGGACGGAUAUGUUCCGUUGUGUGAGCAGUUGUGUGAUCUUCCUGACCUUUUCCCUGAUGAACAUCCCGAGCGGAGGGAGCACGAACAGCCCCGGACGGGUCUUUGCCAUUCUCUGCAUCCCGGUUUUCCUCUGCAACAUCUACCUGCUUCACCCCAAGGCCUCGCCGCGGGAUUCCCAGCCAGUGAUGGCAAAGCUGUCAUCCACGUAG